AUGAGUUGUAGGGAGGGACUUAUGUCACCACAAACAGAGACUAAAGCAAGUGUUGGAUUUAAAGCUGGUGUUAAAGAUUACAAAUUGAAUUAUUAUACUCCUGACUACGAAGUCAAAGAUACUGAUAUCUUGGCAGCAUUCCGAGUAACUCCUCAACCUGGAGUUCCGCCCGAAGAAGCAGGGGCUGCGGUAGCUGCCGAAUCUUCUACUGGUACAUGGACAACUGUGUGGACUGAUGGACUUACCAGUCUUGAUCGUUACAAAGGGCGAUGCUACCACAUCGAGGCCGUUGUUGGGGAGGAAAAUCAAUAUAUUGCUUAUGUAGCUUAUCCUUUAGACCUUUUUGAAGAAGGUUCUGUUACUAACAUGUUUACUUCCAUUGUGGGUAAUGUAUUUGGUUUCAAAGCCUUACGAGCUCUACGUCUGGAGGAUCUGCGAAUUCCCACUUCUUAUUCCAAAACUUUCCAAGGCCCGCCUCACGGCAUUCAGGUUGAAAGAGAUAAGUUGAACAAGUAUGGUCGUCCCCUAUUGGGAUGCACUAUUAAACCAAAAUUGGGAUUAUCUGCAAAAAACUACGGUAGAGCGGUUUAUGAAUGUCUACGUGGUGGACUUGAUUUUACCAAAGAUGAUGAAAACGUAAACUCACAACCAUUUAUGCGUUGGAGAGAUCGUUUCUUAUUUUGCACCGAAGCACUUUUUAAAGCGCAGGCCGAAACAGGUGAAAUCAAAGGACAUUACUUGAAUGCUACUGCGGGUACAUGUGAAGAAAUGAUGAAAAGGGCCAUAUGUGCCAGAGAAUUAGGAGUUCCUAUCGUAAUGCAUGACUACUUAACUGGUGGAUUCACUGCAAAUACUAGCUUGGCUCAUUAUUGCCGUGACAACGGCCUACUUCUUCACAUCCAUCGCGCAAUGCAUGCAGUUAUUGAUAGACAGAAAAAUCAUGGUAUGCAUUUCCGUGUACUAGCUAAAGCAUUACGUAUGUCUGGUGGAGAUCAUAUUCACGCCGGUACAGUAGUAGGUAAACUGGAAGGGGAACGUGAGAUGACUUUAGGUUUCGUUGAUUUAUUACGUGAUGAUUAUAUCGAAAAAGACCGAAGUCGCGGUAUUUUCUUCACUCAAGAUUGGGUCUCUAUGCCAGGUGUUCUGCCCGUGGCUUCAGGGGGUAUUCAUGUUUGGCAUAUGCCUGCUCUGACCGAAAUCUUUGGGGAUGAUUCCGUACUACAGUUUGGCGGAGGAACUUUAGGACACCCUUGGGGAAAUGCACCUGGUGCAGUAGCUAAUAGGGUGGCUUUAGAGGCGUGUGUACAAGCUCGUAAUGAGGGACGUGAUCUUGCUCGUGAAGGUAAUGAAAUU